AUGGAAGCGCAACAAGAGACUAGCCGUGUACUGAACCUCCAACAACUCGACCUCAUCCUCUCUCUCCUCCCUGACCCAGCCGGCGCAAAGGUCCUUCGUGAUCAAUUUGUGUCGGCCUGUAGGAUUGUGGAGCGGAAAGAAGAUGAGGCUGAAGCAAUGCAUGAAAGAGCCGAAAGCCAGUCUAAAGCCCUUCAGGUCCAACUUGAGAGGCUUAAGACUGAGCGAGAAGCCUUCCAAGAGCAGAAGAACCUGGAGACUGAGGAGCUCGAAGCUGAGCGAGUCAAGCUCCAGAAUCUUGCCCAAACACUCAGUGAACAGUUCCGUAACCUUGCCACAAAUGUUGGUCAAGUUUCAGGAAAUGUGAGCGAUUGCCAGAAGACUGUGGCAGAAAAGCUUGAAGGCUUUCGGGAGGACAUCUCUGCUCGUGCUUCUGGCCGAGAAGAGAACGUCAACCAAAGCUUGAGAGACUUGCAUAACUCUGUCAAAAAGAACACAGAUGACCUGUCUACAGUGAAGGAUAAGUCAAUUGAGAUGGCGACUGCUAUGGCCUCUGUAAAUGAAGAACAUAAGCAGAUCAAAUCAUCCCUCAACGCUGGUGUGACAAUGGGAGGCAUCAAAGUUGAGAUUGCACCACUUGUCGAACUUGCCAACACCAUCAAGACUGCAGUUCAAGGGCUACCUACAGUGGACUCCUUGGAUACUAAAUUUGCUCAGAUUGGAGGUCUUGCUGAGAAGGUCAGCAGCCUCCAGGAUAGAGUACUCGUCCUGGCUCAAGAGAACCAAACACUCAAGAAUGAGAACGCGAUCUUGACUGCCGAAAGAAAUGAUGCCAGUAAUCUCUCAGAGCGGGCUAAGGCUGCACUUGAGGAGUAUGACGAGGAUCUAAAGGCAAAGGAGUCCAAGAUCGAGGACCUCCAGAAAUCCAAUGAUGAUUUGCGGAAUCGCCUAAUCGAGGCAGGUCCGCAGAUCUCUCAAGGUCAAGAGGCCAGGAGAAGGCUUGUCGCGGCUCAGGACUCACUACAAACGGCUGCGACUACCAGUCAAGAGCUCUCCAGGGCCAAAGGCGAGCUACAGCAGGCAGAGCGAACCGAACGGGGCCUGAAUCAAAAGAUCACAGACCUCGAGAGCAGACUUGAGUGCGAGAAGACGGCCCUUGAUAUCUGCUCUUCUCAGCUGACGGAGGCUUUGGCGAACCAAAGCGAUGUCAACCGUGAGAAACAAAAGCUGGAGGACGACCUUUCAAAGGUUCGAACGGAGCUAAAUGAGCUUCGCGCACAACAGGCCCUUGAUCUUCAAAAGCAAUUGAAGGAUCAAUACGCCGCUGUAAGCGAAGCGAUGAAGACACAGCUGUCCGAAAAGCGCACUCAUGAAGAAACUGUUGGUCGGCUGAGCGACUCGUGGUCUUCUGAGAAGGAAGCGCUGCAGGGUCAGAUCUCUGCCAAGGCUUCUCUUAUUGAGAAUCUUGAGCAGCAACUACAGAAACUACAGUCGACAGUUUCUACACUUGAGCCCCUCCAAAGUGAGCUUCAUGCUGCAAAUGAUGACGUGAGUCGUAUGAAUGCACUAUUGGAAGAGUCGAACUUGAAGUUUCAGAACUCUCAAGCUAGAGUUACCGAGCUUCAAGGGGCGGUCAGUUCUUCUACAAAUGAACUCGACCACCUCAAAGCUGAAAAUGGGCGCCUUCAAAAGUCUGGUGAAUCUGUGUCGGGGCAGCUCCGCACAUCCGAGGACACCAUCCAAAGCCUACAGAGGGAGUGCGAGAAUCUGAAUAAAGCACUGUCUAGCUUGCAAGAUCAGUCUGUCAGAAUCCCUGAGGGAGCAGCUGGAGAAGUCUCCAGGGUUUUCUACAGGGCUGCAGAUGAGCUUCGCGAUAUCCCGAUUGUCAUUGACACCAACGGUUUGCUCAGCACACCGCAACUGGCGGCACAGCUCAUCACGUUGAUCGAUUGGUACAAUUGGAAGGAAAACCUGUUGACGUUUCUUCAAUCCAGGUCUAAUGACUGGGUUUGUGUUCAACAGAUUAUGGCUGGGGACAGCAAUGGCAAGGCCAAUGGCGACAAAUGCAAGUACCACAAUGAUUGCCUAUUGAUGAAGGUGGCAUCCUUGAACGAGUUGCCUGGUCUGAAGUUCAUGAUGACCAGAUAG